AUGCUUCUGUGGGAUUGGCUAGUAAAACUUUCAGUUUAUUUACAUAUUUAUCCUGAAAAGGCUUCAUCUACCAUUGUUUUUGUUGGUGGAUAUACUGGAAAUGCACCAACAGAUAGCAAAGGCAUAUAUGCUUUUCUAUUAGAUGAAACUAAAUCAACUCUUACACCAUUAGGAUUAUCUGUUGAAACAUCAAAUCCAUCUUAUAUACUUGUUCAUCCAUCACAUAAAUAUCUUUAUGCAGUUAAUGAACAAGAUGAUGGUACAGUAACUGCUUUUAAAAUUGAUUCAACUAAACCAGGACGUUUAACAGUAAUAAAUCAACAAUCAUCUCGUGGUGCUGGUCCAUGUUAUUUAUCAACAAAUAAAGCUGGUGACUAUAUAUUUGUCGCAAAUUAUAAUAAUGGUACUGUUGCUGUAUUACCAAUUAAUAUGAAUGAUGGUAGUGUUAAAACAUUUACUGGUUUUGAUCAACAAACAGGCUCAUCAGUUGAUCCCGAUCGACAAACAUCAGCUCAUGCACAUUGUAUUUUACUUGAUAAACACGAACAAUUUGCUUUAAGUGCUGAUUUAGGUUCGGAUCAAAUUUAUCAUUAUAAAUUUUUUUCAAAUAAUGGAUCAUUAUUACGAACAUCCAUUACAAAAGCAGGUAGACCUGGUGAUGGUCCACGACAUCUUGUAUUUAAUUCGAAUCAAAAAUUUGUCUAUGUUAUCAAUGAACUUAAAUCAGAAAUAACAGUUUUUACUUAUUUUCCAUUAAUGCAAUCGAUUCAAACUAUGUCAACCCUACCAACAAAUUUUACUGGAAUGAAUACAGGUGCUGAAAUUGCAUUUCAUCCAACUAAUGAAAAAUAUCUUUAUGCAUCAAAUCGUGGUCAUGAUUCUAUUGCUGUUUUUUCUGUUGAUAGUAAUACUGGUUAUUUAACACUUAUUCAACAUAUUAAUGUUCAAGGACGUACACCAAGAGAUUUUAAUAUUACACCCAAUGGAAAAUUUUUAGUUGUUGCUAAUCAAGAUUCAAAUAAUUUAGUUCUAUUUACUAUUGAUGAAACAACUGGAAAAUUAACAGCAACAGGAUCAUCUGUCGAAGUUAGCAAACCAACAUGUGUGGACUAUUUAGUAUAA